GUUAAGUUGCUUUCGUUUCCCAUGAGGCUUAGGUGUAUAUCGUCCUGAGCGAUUGUCGUAACAAGAACACUUCCAGCAAGAAUGGCCAGUGGAACCACGGUUGUCAUCCCCUCUAAUGGAGCAAACAUAAUCCAAAUGGCCCCUGGAUUGUCCGGUGCUGCUCUUCAGGCAUCUGGAUUAAUUCCAUAUCCUCAGUAUGGAGCUCAUCAACUUGGACUUUCCACCAGUGCUCCUCAGCAAGUCCCACAAAAGGGUCCUUUGGAGAGAUUCUUCAAUGCUGAGCCCAAAGUGCUUGGGGCUAUCCAAAUCAUGAUUGGGUUGAUCCACAUUGGCUUUGGGGCUGUCUUGCUUUCUCCAGUUGCCUAUUCUUACCCUUAUUUUGUCUGGUCUGCAAUUGGAGGUUACCCCUUUUGGGGAGGGAUAUUUUUUAUUUCUUCUGGAUCACUAUGUGUAUCAGCUGCGAACCGUCAAAAUCGUGGUUUGGUGAAAUCCAGUGUAGGACUGAACAUCACAAGUGCUAUAAUGUCAUUUACUGGUGUCAUCCUGUAUAUAAUUGAUCUGCUAAUCCACAGUCAUGCUUUCAGAACAUAUGCCAAUGAAUGUUCAGAUUAUAUCACUUGUGGCCUCUCCAGUGUGUUGCUUUUGUUCAGUCUGCUGGAAUUUUGCAUCACUGUUCCAUUGGCUCACUUCGGGUGCAAGGCAACGUGCUGUAGUGAUGCCCAGCCAGCGGUGCUUUUUGUGCCUUACCAAGUCAUCGGAGGUGAAGAAGUUGCAGCUGAACCAAAUCCUCCUCCUUCUCCUCCACCGACUUACGAUAACUGAUUACCAAAUCUCAGUAAAACAAGAAGGAAAUAUGAGAAUUAUUGGCAAAAGAGGUUUCAGGAGAAGCAUUGCAUUUUAUAUUACUUUACUUUGUGCUCCAGCUUGCUUGUUUAUUUUUUAAUUAAAGCCUUUAAACACCAAAUUAAAUGGUGAAAAGUUUUGGAAGUUCUUCUAUUUUACUUGAUAUCUAAGUUAUAAUGCUUCCAAAGAAGCAAGAAUUUGUGCUUGAAAUCAUCAGUGUAUUUAUGAGGAAGUACUGUACACUCCCUACAGUGGAUGAUGGAGGCUGUUUAUUUUGUUUAUACUCUAGAUGAUGUUUGGUGUUUUUUUUUUGGUGUCAAAUAUGGAAUUAAGUAGGAGAUGUGAUGCAGAUAGAAAAACAGCUACUAACAUUAAAACACAAAUUAUUAAUAAAACAUGUCAUUGACACAAUACAGAUAGUUCUCAACUUACGACUGCAAUUUGGACCAAAAUAUCCAUUGCUAAGUGAGGCAGUGUAAGUGAAUUGUGACCAUUUUUGCCAUUCUUAUUAAGUGAAUUAUUCUGGUUGUUAAGUGACUCACAUGGUGCUUAAGUGAAUCUGAUUUCCCACACUCACUUUAAAAUCCAGCUGGGAAGGUCACACAUAGCAAUUACUGACUCUGGCAUGCCAGAACUGUCAUAUGUACAUGCUGGUUGCCAAGCAUCUUGAGUUUUGAUCACAUGAUCACGGGGAUGCUGUUACGUUUGAGGACUGGUCAUAAGUCACUUUUUUUAGUUCUGUUGUAACUUUGGUCAUUAAACAACCAGUUGUAAGUUGAGAACUACCUGUAGUAGCAGUUGCAUAAUCACUGUGGUCGCAAAACGGAUUAGAAGACGUUUGUAUAUAACUAAAAUAUUCCAUAUUGUUAGGGUACUUAAAUUGAUCAAAACCAUGUUUUUUACUGUUCUCCCACCUCCAAAAGGGGAAGUGAUAAGCACAUUCAUUUUCUGCAUUCUGGAAGAUUUCACAAUUGUGUAAACAUGCAUUUCCAAAAUCAAAGCCAUUCAUAC